CGUUCAGUCGUCAGUUGGUCAGCUAAACUAGAUGUAGUAAAACCAGAGCGCAAUUUCUGUAGAACUCCAGUAAUACUUUUUGUUUUACCGCAACGCUUGUAGUGGAAAGAUUAUUUUUCUCGAAAUAAAUUUGGUUGUGUAAAGCAAGAGCUCUUCGUUUGAGAGGAGAACCAGUUCCAAGGCAUAGGAAUCGAAUCAAUGGAUAUUAUUGUGUUUUAAGAAAUCAAAGCGAUUAGUGCAAAUAUUGACAUGAGUUUUAUUUUUUUCUUAAUUGCACACUGCGAUAUUCCAAUAAAGUUAUUAGUACUUCCAGAUCAGUACUAGUGGAGAUCAGUAAAGUUUCAAUAUUUGUGUAAAUGUUAAUGUUCUAGAGUGCUAUUUUUGUAGUAGUGAGUAAUCUAUGCGUGGAGAAAAGGUGCUCUGCCAAGAAAGGAGAAAACAGUGAAUGCCGUGAAAGCUGAAAAAGGUAUCGGUAAACAUAUAGAAUCAAGUGCAGUUUCCUUUGCCUACAAACACAGGCUCAGUUGUAAGUCAAUCUAGUUUGGCGUUUAAUCGCAACUAAUACAGCGCACAGAGGAACGUGGAAAGUUACUCGACACAAUCACCAGGCGAACGUGUAGAAAGCAAGUCAGCGACCAGGCAGACAGGCAAAAAUCGAACAGCUGAGAAACCUUGAAAUUUAAUUCGGCAGUGUGUACACGAAAUCAGGUAAAGGAAGAUAAAAGUUCAAUACUGAAACGAAACGAUAGUUCGUGCAAAACGCGGGUAGAAUAAUUCGCUGGACAGAAUAGACUCUGAAUUACGGUGUUUUAUUAUCUAAUCAUGCCGUGGUACGCUCCAUGGACCAAUGUGAUCAAGAAGAAAGUAUGCCGUUUUCUUCUGCAACGUUACCUUGGUCAGUUCCUCGAGGAAAAACUCAGCUUGGAUCAGUUGAAUGUAGAUUUCUACAACGGCACUGGGACCGUGUAUGAUGUGACAUUGUACUGCCAGGCGUUAAACGAUCUCUGCGAAGGACAGGGCUGGGGAGUUGAAGUGAUUGGUGGACACAUCGGUGCAGUAACCGUCAACAUUCCCUACGAUGCCCCGCUGGCCAAGGACAGUUCUAUUGAGGUUACAAAUUUAUCGAUCACUCUCCGCCCGAAAGCCCGAGUUACAGAUGGCACUUCCAUGUUCGAAUCGAUGUGGUCUUCCAUGUCCAGCUCGAUGCAGUUGGCUCAGGAGUGUUUGGAACGAGAAGGGGUCUGUUUCGAGACACCAUCGGCCGCACCAGUCAACACAAUUGAAGCAUAUGAGAAGUUUGCGCAAAUCAUCGACAACGUUUUAAAUCGGAUCAAAGCUAAACUGAUCAAUACGGAAAUACGCAUAGAAUACCUGCCACCAGAAAGCGAUAGCGGAGUCGCUCUUAUAGUCAAAAUCAAGAGCAUCGAAUACCAGAAUGAAGCAGGUAGCGAUCCUCCGGAUCACCAAGAUGCCAGCAACGAGGAUAGCAGUAGCACUCAGCAGCAUCAACAGUCAAAGCAAAAGUCGUUUCUCAUCUCAACACACGUCACGCAUCACAUCAGUAUGGAAGGUGUCACAUUUUACACGGAAGAAUUCCGGAUACCCAGUCCACGCCAACAACGAAAACAACACCAAUCCUCCUCCUCCGGUAAUUGCGACAGUGUGGUAGCUAACGAACAGUUUCUGAGCACCAUAUCGGAUUUGCCAGAUCCUGCGCUGACACCGGGAGCGGCUGGGGCGGGCAAUGAGUUUUUUAGUUAUUCUAACGCAUGUGAUAAUAGUAAUAGUUUUAAACGAACCGACAGUAUGGGGAGCACUACUGCAGCUACCUUGGAUUACGACGAGAGUGAAGAAGAGUGUAAGCAGUAUAUCAGUUCUGGAGAAAUGUUGUCUGGCAAAUUAACGUCCAAGCAGAUGAUUCGUGUUAGGAUGAAACAAGCGGAUAACUUGAGUGGUCCAAAUGUAGAGUUAGAAAUGACUCUUGGAUGUUUUCAGCUGUUCCUAUCCCCGCGACAGCUACACGCGAUCAUUUUGUUAAGUGAUACCUUUCUAGGUAUGAAUGAAGUUUCAUCUCCUGCUAAGUUUGCUCCACCGGAUUUGAACACAAAACAACAACGGUAUGAAGAGACGGAAUUUGAAUUUAAGCACAACAUAAGCCGAAUGUCUGGAGGAAUCGGUUUAAAUCAGGGAUGGUCAAUAGCGGAUCCAAUGCAGACCAUGAUACAAGAGCAAGCAGAAUUCUUAGAAAGAGAUUUUCGAGAAGAUUGUGGUGUAUCGGAAAUGAUCGAAUCGUCUAACAGCUCAAUGACUAGUUCGUUUACAUCGUCCAGUAUGGCGUCUAGAACAACAUCUGCCAGCAGAAGAAGAGUGAUCGAUCCGGAUGCGGAUGCGGAUAUUUCUAAAUUCAAUGUAAGAGUAGCAGCGAUUGCGGUUGUUCUGUUGCACGAAGACAUUCUGGUAGAGAGUAGUAGAACCAAUUCGCAAGAGUCUCCCUUAAGUGAGGCAAGCGUGCAAAAACUGCAGGAACAAGCUGAACAAUUCUUUCGAUCAGUGGGUAACUUAGGCCUAGGACUUGGUGCUAACGAUAUUCUGAAUGCAGGCCUUAUAAUGGAUUCCAGUUGUGACUGUAGUCAUUUGCGGUUACUAAUUGCACCAAUUAUUGUGGAAGGCGAGGAACAACGAAAUCGACUAGGAACUGUGUUGCGAUUCUCGGUUUCUAUUGCGAGAGCAGAUUUUCGCGAAAUUUUAGCAGAUGCGUCAGUGCCAUUAAUUGAAUUUUAUCGUGAGAAAGGACCAUCCGCGCUACCGAAAAGACCGGAAAUCGUUAUGAAUUUCAAACAAACGUGUAACGCACUGAAAGGAUCAAGCGGCAAGCGGUUUGCGCCUCCGAAAACUGAAAUACGUUUUACCCUCGCUUCGUUUCUUUCUGAGUUCGAUAUCACCAUACUAGACCGACUCAGUUCUCUAUUCUAUCAGUUUCCGUUUACUGCCUACUACAAUCAGACAACUCCAGUGAACUCACCUGAAUCGCCAACGGUACAAGGCAAUUCGCGCAAGAUGGAACCUAAACAUGAAAUAUAUCUGGACGCUCCUAGCAUCGAUUUCCGGCUGAGAUUUCCAAUACCGGAUCUAAGACCUAUUCACGAUCCGCAACGUGUUCCUUGGUGGCGGCGCAAUAUCCGACCGGAUUUCAUAUUAGUCAAGCUGCUACAAGCACGUGCAACCGUGGCUCUUAAUCCUCAUCCUCUCUACGAUGUAUCGGCUAACGAGAUCCAGCUUUUCUACCAUGAAAGCGAAGUAAAGAGUGACAGUGUAAAUAUUGGCAAAGCUGUGAUGACGGAUAAUGUAGGUAGUAAGUUUAGCGACAAGAAGCAAGAACCAGCGGGUGUGGAAUAUCCUAGGAUAGUAAUUGAAAUCCCCAGUGAUGCAGAAAUCCAAAAGCUGCAGGAACCAGCCUCACAAUCCAAGUCCGAUCAACGCAGUCGAAGUACCUACGAGGAGAGUGACAGUGAUCCCACAUCUGGGGAGAGCUUUGGUGUCACAACAGGCAGAAGCAAAGAUGACACACCGUUUAGCGCUAAACGAGUCUGCAGGGAAAGCGAUACUCCACAUACCAAAGCAUCGGCGGAUGAUCCGGAAACUCUUACACUGCCUGGAGAUUCAAAUGAGCUGAGUAGAUUUAGUCAAACUGCAAUGGAGCUCAGCAAGUUACAAAUUAGAAUUGAUUUACCGGUUGUCAGCUUACAGUUGAAAUCUAAACACCUCUAUGAGGUUAUCUACAACCGUAUCAGUACCGAUCUUUUACUGUGGAAUCCCAGUGCUCCUGCCGCUACAGCGGCCGCUGAAGCAAGUGCCAAUCUGAGUGCAUCUAAGGUAGCAUUUCAGGAACCGCCGUUUAGUUUAGCCAACAUGGGUAUGAUGGAUAGCAUUUAUGCUCCGUUCACGAUGUGCCAGAGUGCUAUUCAGUUAGAUUCUAGCUCAUCCACUACCAAUUCUGAAUCGGAAUCCGACUCCGAUGGGAUAUUCUACUCCGUUUAUGAUCGAAACAGUAGAUAUCUUCCAGAAGGUACUAAUGAAAGUGGCGGUGAUAUAGCAGAUCACGGAAAACAACAGCAUCUUCAUCAUCACCAGCACAGUAGUCGACGCCAUCAGCAGCAAAAGCACAGAAAUACAUCGUUUGUGGACAGAAGUAAUGCAAUUUCAUUCCAACUAAACAUUGGCCAAGGAAUGCUAACUAUGUUUGCUCCGGUGCGGGAUGCUCAAAACCAUGUGAUACCGGGUCAAUUAGGUGAAUUUAUAGUUAAACUUCAAUCUACCUACGUUUUCUCGGUAAAUGGCUUCCAUGGGAAUAACAAUUUAGGCUACUUGUGUAUCCAGGGCAAAGCGGCAGAUAUUUAUCAUUGUGGUCUCAUUCCAACUCCCGCCAGCAACCCGCCGCUUCGGCUGGUGAAUAGCGUGCUUCCAGCGUACAUUUUCAGUACACUCUAUCCUACUCCCAAGAAUCUAACCGUGCACGAGCAGCGGGGUUGUCCGAAUCGGGAAAUGUUCUCACUGGCGAUCCAGAUCAAAUCUGUGCCUGAACAAAGCAUCAAACGAAUCCGCAUGGCAGCGGGAAUCCAACUGACCACAUUGAGGCACCAUUCAACUUUACCACAGCACUCGUGGCUAACGCAGCUAUUGGAUAUGUUUGAUGUCGUUAACUAUCCAGUGCAAGGAUAUACUCCAUUUGGCGUCGUUACGGAGAUGCAUCUGCAUCUGUGGGAUUGUGCAAUCGAUUAUCGACCCUUAUAUUUUCCUUACAGAGCGGUUAUUACUGUAGGCUCAUUCAUGAUCAGUAGCAAUAUUACUACGGAAAGCUCUGGUCUAACGUUGCGAUUCAUAGCAGAAGAUGCAGCACUAUGUCUCGCACCGCAAACCGCUUCCGUUAUUCCCGUCGCCGGCGAAAAAGAUCACCAGAAGAAGAGCAACAGCAGUAGUGUAGGGAAUCGAGAAGACAGUAGAGUAACGGUGCUUCCUUCGAAUGAACUUGUUUGUUUGGUUGAGGUGGGCUUGUUUGAAAUUUCCCUUCGGUUGAAUGAUAAAGCUACCAGCUGCUUCCCGAAGUUCGAUCUAAGGACAGCCAUGAACGACAUACAUGUGCGAACUUGUGCUGAUUCUGGGCGAGCACUUGCUCAGCUAAUAGGUUACCUUGCCGCCGAAGGCGAUCUGCUGGCCCAGGAUGAUGGGGCUAGUGAUACCGAGUCCAACGACGGACCUGGUGGGCUGCCGAUGAGUGGCGAGCUUGAGGGUGAUCUGGUACCGGUAAAACCUAAUCCGGCACCGGAAGUAACUCCAAAACAACAGCAGCGAGUCAAUACAUUAAUGGCGGAAGCGAUGGAAGAGAGCAUAUAUAUUCAGAACAGCACUGGUGACUCAUCGCGGGAAGAUCAGUUACUAACAGAUGGAGAAGGUGUGGAAGUCUUUUUCUUCCCCGACGAAGAUCAGAAUCGAGCGGCUGCGAGGAAGAAAUUGGUCAAUAAUCUGGUAUCAGAUCACAGUAAUAAAAGAAGAUUUGCCUCGGAUGACGAUUCUAUCAGCAUAGAAGAAGGUUCCAGUGUUCCGUCAUCUUUCCAGGAUGAUGAUUUCUACCUGAAGCAGAGACAACUCGAUGAACGUUCGGAGGACACGGGAAGUGUGAACACGGAAAUGAGAGAGCUGCUAAAUUUCGAAUGCUCUGUGAUGGGACUCGAGAAGGAACGAGAUGAUGAAGACGAAGUGGUGGAGGCUCUACCACAGGUGACAAUGGACCUCGGUGACGUUACCAAGUUCGAUAGUUCGCCAUCCAAGCUUUUGUCCAACACAGCCAAGAGUGAUCAACGAAAAGUUAGCUCCGAUACAGAUGACGAUUUUUGUUUCAUCGCUGACGAGGAACGACCCCAUUGUGGCAAUCAGGAGGUUCCGGUUUUGGAGGAACCCAUUCGCAUAGUGGAUAACCAUUUUAGCGUACCUACGGGAAAGCAUGAUUUGCUACUGGCUCCAAAAGAAUUUCCAAUGGCCGUCACUAGAUACACUAUUUGUGAAAUGUCGGUCACCUGGCACUUGUAUGGUGGUCAUGAUUUCCUAACAGAAGAAGAGAGGAAAAAACCUCGUCCUAAAAAAUCACAAUCGGUACAUAACUUUGCAAAUUUACCAAUGUCAGAAGCUUACAAAAGCGGGGUCAGUUACUCGAAAGGUUCCCCUUCGGUCAGCUUUGGCCCAACGUUGACUCAAAAACUAACAUGGAAGAGUCGAGGAGGGCCCGAACGAAGGCACGAUGUUAUGAUGGAAGUUCAAGUGAAUAAAGUAAAGUUUUCUCACGAAGUAUAUCCGCCCAACACUGAGCAGGCAUCUCGUCAGGUGCUUCUUAUAACCGAGCUGGAAAUUUGGGAUCGACUAGCUAUUUCUGACAUCAAAAAAUUCUUGUACCAGUUUAGCGUAGGUCAACGCACUAGCAAAGGCAACAAUCAUAUGGUGGUAAUCAAGUCACUUCAUCUACGUCCUAACCCGGUACUCCCUGCUCAGGAGUGUUGUUUAAGGAUAUCCGUUCAACCCAUUCGCUUGAACAUAGACCAGGAUUCGCUUCUUUUCCUGGUCAACUUUUUCAACCAACUCGGUGGAGGUGGUGAUCUAAAUGAAUAUGCGGGUCAUACUACUGGGCGAGUCAAUCAAACGACACCAUCACAUCAACAACCAGUGAUGAUGGUCGAACUACCAGAAGCUGCCCAGGAACUACAAGCAAGAAAGAUGAUAUCCGAAAAUCUAAUGCUGCUCAUAGAAGAGGAAGAAAAGAAUAAAGACCAACAAGAAACCAGCAGUGAAGCAGCGGAUGACAUGCCCCCGAUUUAUUUCCGAAACAUAAUUUUCAGCCCAGACGUUCCAAUUCGAAUCGACUACCAUGGCAAGCGUGUUGAAUUGUCUCACGGACCACUGGCUGGACUACUAAUGGGACUUGGUCAAUUGCAGUGUUCCGAAAUUCGAUUGAAGAAAAUAUCGCACCGGCAUGGGAUUUUGGGGUUGGAUCGUCUUUUGAAUUUUCUACUGCAGGAAUGGUUGCAAGACAUUAAAAAGAAGCAACUUCCCAAAAUUCUCGGAGGUGUUGGGCCCAUGUAUUCAUUGGUACAGCUUUUCCAAGGCAUUUGGGAUCUGUUUUGGCUCCCAAUCGAACAGUAUCAAAAAGACGGCCGUAUCGUGCGGGGACUCCAGCGGGGAGCACAAAGUUUCACAGCACGCACAGCGCUGGCCGCACUAGAGAUCACUACUAGAAUUAUUCACUUACUUCAGAUUACGGCAGAGACGGCUUACGAUAUGGUAUCGCCUGGACCUUCAGUGCGUCGUGGACGUGGAAAUAAAAAAGGCAAACGAAAACGAUUACAUCCACCCCAGGAUAUUCGCGAAGGAAUGACCAAUGCACUGCAGAUUGUGAAGGAGGGCAUAACCGACACGGCGCACAAUUUAGUUGAACUGACGGCUCUGGAGCAUGAUCAAAAAGGAUACACGGGUGCUGUUGGUGCGGUCAUGCGCCAAAUCCCUCCAAUGGUAGUACAACCGCUCGUACUGGCUACGCAAGCUACCAGCAACGUGCUUGGCGGUGUUAAAAAUCAACUUGUACCGGAUGCUCGAGCAGAAGCGCGUGAAAAGUACAAGGACGACGUGGAGUAGCUGAAGUAUUGUGUAUACCUUUAGUUGCUGAAAAUGUGACAAUGUAGUUGAUUUGUGAUCUAUCGAAUGUUGUUUUUGUUUGCGGCAUCAUCAGUUGCCAAAUAAUGGUAAUAUUUCGAUAAGCUUUCCGAAGUAUCAAAAAAGUUCGUUAGAUGCAAGAUUUCGGUUCCGUCACAAAACUGGCAACUUUUGUUUUCAUCUUUUAUUAUUCUUUAGCUAUAGUAGAAAUACCAUCUUUUAAAUAAAUACUAAAACUAUGUGAUAAACGUUAAAAUUACUGCACUUACUUUUGCAGCUAACAGUACAGUUUAGGGAUAGACCGUUGAUUGCAAUCUAUCACACAAAACAUUUUGCCUUUCUCAAUUGAAAGGUUUUUUUAACAUUUGGUAGGCUGGAUCGGUCAUCGACUAUAAAUCGCACCAAUUAAAGUAAUUCAAUAUGAUAGAUGGUAUAACUCUCUAAAACUAAUUCUUUCAAAGAAUAAAAAAAACAUUGCUGCAGAGUAUCCUCUCUUCUCGUUUAGUGUAGUUUAACUAGUAAGGAUUCUAUAUUUUUAGCUGGUUGCCCAACAAUAUAUUCUCCCAGAGUGAUUAUUUGUCUAUAUACAAAUAGUGAAAGGUAGAAUUUGCGUGAACUGAAUUAAGUAACUAAACUAUGUUUCUUCUAUCAGUCAUUUCUUGAAGAACAUAACUAAGCAGCGAUUGAUGUGAUGGAAUGAUUAUAUUUUAAACAGAAUGCGACGAGAGUGCAUGUGCAUGGAGAGGAAUGAUUAUUUUAAGUUCUUUAAACGAAUAAUAGUUUGUAUUCGAAUCGACAAAAACACUUUGAAAAGAAAGAUGAAAAGAAAUAAAGAAUUCUAGAGAUUGAAGAAUAUUUAUACUUGAA